UGGUGUCGGACAGGAAGUUGAUGGUCACGCGGUCAGAGUUCAGGAUGAAGGUUCGCGGUGAACAUCAAUGAAAAGUCUGUGCUUCACAAACAUGAGGUCAGCGCGCGCCAGUCUCCUCCUCCUCUGCUCCUUCACCUUCAUCCUGCUCUCCUCCCCUUCUUCUUCUUCUUCAUCCACCUCUUCUUCACCAAACACCCGGCGCGCUCACGAACGCAGCUCCAGGUACGGGGGGGCGCACGCGCACAGCGCGGACCAGAACGUGCAGUUUAUGCUGAGUCUGUACCGGAGCGCGGCGGAACCGGACGGCAGACCCAAACAGCACCGGAAGUUCGGCUCCAACACGGUUCGACUGCUCAGACCCACGACGUCCAAUUUACAUCAUGUACCUGCAGCUGCUACGUCAUCAGAUCAUCUCUACACCUUCACUGUUCACUACAACCUGGACACUCUUCCUUCAGAACAGCUGAUCAGAGCGUCCUUCGUCCACCUGCGCUCUCCCUCCUCCUCCUCCUCCCAGGCCCCAGGUCCUCCUCCAUCACCUUCAUCACCUCCUGGUCCUGGUCCUGGUCCUCGCUGCAGGGCUCAGAUCACGUCUCUGGGAGCAGAGAGUCUGGUGACGCUGGAGCCUGAGGAGCAGUGGACGGAGACGGACAUCACCGCUCACGUGAGUGGACACGUCCUUCAGAGCGAGGACGGUCACCUGACCCUCACCGCUCAGUACUGGUGCACAGAACCUGAGCUCCAUCAGCAGAACAGCUCCUCCUGGUGGCGGGGGCGGGACAGUGUUGGAGGACAGAGGAGAGGAGAACCUCACGUGGACGUCCCGUCUCUGCUUCUGUACGUGGAGGAGAAGAGGGCGGGGCAGGACUGGAUGGAGGAGCUGUUAGGAGCUGAGGGUUCAAACGCCAUGAGGAGAAUCAGACCGUGGAACCCGCUGGUCCACCGUCACCCCCGUGGCCGCCGCCGCCGCCGUCGCUCCAAAGACUCUCCAGAGCUGAAGGAUCCUUCACUGGACGUUCUGAAAAACGCUCCCACCUCCUCGUCCUCCUUCUCUACCUCCUCCUCCGCCUCCAUCGUGUCCAGCGUCCCCGCCUACAAACGUAAAACCAUCGCCGCGGCGAAGAGUCGCUGCAAGCUGCACUCGUUCCGCCUGUCGUUCGACGAGCUCGGCUGGGGCCACUACUUCAUCGCUCCGCCCGUCUACAACCCGCGCUUCUGUCAGGGCGACUGUCCGCGCGUCCUGCACUACGGUUACCACGCCCCCAACCACGCCAUCAUCCAGACGGUCAUCAGCGACCUGGGCCUGGGCGACGUGCCGCCGCCGUCCUGCGUGCCGUACCGGUACAUGCCCAUGAGCGUGCUGGUGGUCCACAAGAAGAAGGUGGAGUACAGGGAGCUGGAGGACAUGGUGGCCGAGUCCUGCACCUGCCGCUGACCCCGCUGUGAGGGGGCGGGGCUUAGGCGGAGACUGAAGGGGCGGGGCUUGUUCCUGUUAAAGCACUUUACUGAUUUAACUCCAAAACUGUAGAAUUUUUUGGGUCAAAUUUUCACAAAGUUUUUCCACAAAGUUAAACAGGAUUUUUGUUUUUUUUAAGACGCGACAGUAAAAUCACACCCACAUUCAAACAUUUUAAAGAAAACAACAAAAUCACCUGACUAUUAUUUUUU